AGAAAACGCCACACUUGCAAAGAGAGAUGAGAGCGAGCGGGAUGCGGGAGCCACGUAGUGACCUUCCACGUUCGAAGGCCAGAGGCGGCCGGUGCGCACUUACAGGCUGUGCGGGCUGCAAACACCCCAGUCACGGACACGCGCUGGCGAUAGGGUGUCUCCUGGAGUGCCCGAGGAUGCCCUUGAUUCUCUGAUCCUUCUGCUUCUACCUCAAGUGUAGGGAUCAGAGUAGACCUACGUCACCUUCCCCACCUUCAUUCCAGGCUAGGGACUGAGCCAAAGGACCCUGGCCUGCCAGCUCAGAGACAACAACCUAACUCUGUGAACAUCAUUUGGCUUGGCUAUAAAUUCCACACCUGCUCCGUAACAGUAAAGAAAAAAUGCUGCUAUCAGUGACUUCCAGGCCUGGGAUUUCGACUUUUGGCUAUAACAAGAACAACAGGAAGCUAUAUGUGGCUCAGCAAAUGGCACCUCCGAGUCCAAGGAAUAGCACCCCCAACAGCAGCAGCGGGAGUGGUGGGAACGACCAGCUGAGCAAAACCAACCUGUAUAUCCGAGGACUGCAGCCAGGCACCACUGACCAGGACCUUGUCAAGCUCUGUCAGCCGUAUGGCAAGAUUGUUUCCACUAAGGCCAUCCUGGACAAGACCACAAACAAGUGCAAAGGCUAUGGCUUUGUGGACUUCGACAGUCCGUCCUCAGCACAGAAGGCUGUAACUGCACUGAAAGCCAGUGGUGUGCAGGCACAAAUGGCAAAGCAACAGGAGCAAGACCCUACAAACUUAUACAUCUCAAACCUUCCUCUGUCAAUGGACGAGCAAGAACUGGAGGGGAUGUUGAAACCCUUCGGCCAGGUCAUCUCCACUCGGAUCCUUCGAGACACUAGUGGGGCCAGCAGAGGGGUCGGCUUUGCAAGGAUGGAGUCCACCGAGAAGUGUGAAGCCAUCAUUUCCCACUUUAAUGGAAAGUAUAUAAAGACGCCCCCUGGAGUAGCAGCACCUUCUGACCCUUUGCUUUGCAAAUUUGCUGACGGCGGGCCAAAGAAACGACAGAACCAAGGAAGAUACAUGCAAAAUGGACGGACCUGGCCGAGGAACGGAGACAUGGGUGGUAUGGCCUUGACCUAUGACCCCACCGCAGCUCUUCAGAAUGGGUUCUAUGCAGCAGCCCCUUACAGUAUCGCCCACAGCAGGAUGCUUGCUCAGUCUGCACUAGCCCCAUAUCUUCCAUCUCCUGUGUCUUCCUAUCAGGGCUCAGUUCUGACACCAGGGAUGGACCACCCCCUCUCUCUCCAGCCUGCCUCCAUGAUGGGACCUCUUACCCAGCAGCUGGGUCACCUGUCACUCAACAGCCUGGGCACGUUCAUGCCAGCAGCUGCUGCUAUGCAUGGGGCUUACAUCUCCCAGUACCCAGCUGUGCCUUCUUCCAGUGUUUCUGCUGAGGAGAGCAAUGGUCAGCAGAAUCAACUGGCAGUGGAGCCCCCCUCAGACCACGGGGUCUAUCCUUUCCAGUUCAGCAAGUAAUGAGGUUCAAACCUGGGGAGAGAAGCCUGUGCCCUCGUCCUUUGGCUCCUUCUCGUGGCUGAUGGAACCUGAGGAACCACGUUGGUUUUUUUUUUGAAUGUGCUACAUUCAAGAUCAAAAAGACUUUUUUUUUUCUCUUUUGCAAAAGAAGUUUCUUGCUUUGUAUUUAAUUGCAGCGAACCUUUCUCCUACCCCAAAGAUACCAGUUGAGGUGCUUCUCAUCUUCGAGAGGUUUGGGUAUGUUGGGAUUGCUUAGAAAGGCUUUUAAAAUGGUUUAAGAACAAUCGCAGUGCUGUGAAGUCAGUGAAGGGGCGCUGCUUGCCAGGUUCAGUUAGGGACUAUUUUCAAUGUGUGUUUUAGAUAUGCAGGCUUAAAACUUUUGUUUUGCAAAGCUCUCAGCACACACUUUCCUUGCAUACACCCACCUCCUUCCCACGCACUGUUUAAGGCAAGGUCUCACAGUGCAGUCCUGGCUGACAAUGUACACCAAGCUGGCUUUGAACUCAGAGAUCCUUCCCACUGUCUGAGUGCACCGCCAUGCCUAGCUAGUUUUCUUUUAAACUUCUUCUCCACAUUGUUCUUUUUUUCUUUUCCAUUUAGCUGAGCCUGCCUACUUUGCCCUUUUACAAUUUUUAAUUUUAUGAAUUUGAUUUAAAUUUCAUGUGGAAUUGCGGGGAAGGGAGAGCAACGCACAGGUAGAGGAGUGAGGCAGUGGAGGUUGCUUUCCCUCUGCCCUCCUCUCCUAGGAGCGUUUAGACUUUGACUUCAGGAAGCAGACAUGUGACAACCAUGCAGCCUUUGGAAACCACCUUCAACCAAAUCUGGUGGCAAGUGCCACUGAGAAGUGUCAUCCAGCUUCAGCAUUCUGGGACACCUGUUCUGCCUCCUGGAGGGUCUUGGGUCUUCAUCCUGCCCCAGGUCUCACAGCCCCUGCCCCUGCUGAGGAAGUUCUGCCCUCCACUUUACCAGGAAGUUGUUUUGUCCCCGAGAGGCUGCUGUCUUGUCCCAUCAUCCUUGAUUACCAAGCCUGGGGAAUAUUAUCUGUGCUGGUCCUGAACACCCAACAAUACAGAACCCGGCCCCACUCCUCCACCCCUUAUUCCCUGGCAGUUAUUUGGUGUAGACUAAACCCCAGCCCAGCCCUGGACAUGGAGCCUGUUAGUUCAUGUACUUGACCAGCAGUGCCAUCUGUGACUUUGCCUCCUGGAGGAUCUUUUCUGCCUGGGUUCUCACAGCCUCUCAUCCCAGCUACACAUGGCUGUACUCAAGUGGUACUUGGCUGAAUCACUUAAUUCAGCAGGAGCCAUCUUAUUAGCAGGGCUCACCCUUGGUUGUAUGUACAUGCCAAGUGCACACAGUUUGAAGGGAUGAACUCUUGUGUGUACUGUGCAUGCUUGAGAAUGGACUGAGCUCUCUCUAUGCAGAGUACCCAGCCCAGCCCUGAUGUGUUUGGACCCCUUCCCCAGGGAACCAGAACACCAGAAAUCAUUUUCCUUCUUGUGGAAGGACAACGGGGUGCUAGGAUAGAAAAAGGCAAGACUCACAGCUCCCUGGCCACUCAAAGGUCAGGAGGGACUUGUAAACAUGCCUGCCGUUAACUGUUCCCUUCUGCAAGACUUUCACCACACAAUGUGACUUUUUACAUCACAUCCCUUCAUGUCACAGGUACACCUCCAGUAGACAAAGUAAUGGAGAUGGGGAAGUGUGUCCAGAGGUCAGUGUGAAAGAGGAAGGGCAGAGUAUGGUGAUGGUGAGAAACUGGCUCAGCAGCUCGCACACAGGAAUUGGGACUCCUGGCCUGACUGUGCUGCUGUGCAUUCUAGACUAAGGAAGGGGCUAAGGACAAUGGACAGCAUAAAGUACAAAAUGAUCAGUUUCUUCAUUGGUGUCUCCAAACUCAGGAAGGUCAUACCCAGUUAGUGACCUCUAGCCUUCUGGCCCUCAGUGACAGACUCAGAGCUCUGUCCUGUGGAAAACCUGCUGACAGUCUUGCUGUCAUCGCUGCUCCUUCACUGCCUAUUAAAACUUGUUCCUUUUUCUGUAGUUCUAAAGCAAUUUGAAUGGCUGACAGUUUUAAAAUUUGAAAUUACCUUUUGAGGUUUUCCUUUUGAGUAUACUGGUUAGGGUUCUAGUGUUUCUGGUUGAACAGGUGUGAGCAUGGGAAAUGAGGGGAACCUGUAAUUUUGUUUUUAUAGUGGUUAAUGGCACUAUGUAAUUUCUGCUUGGUGAUUUCCAUCCACUCUUUUUUCCUCAUUAGCUCAUUACUCAGAAAGGUAGUGACUGGAGACAGGAAGUAGGAUGCAGGCCAUGAGGGCUCCUAACACCGUCUCCCGAGUCCUGUGUGCAUGCAGGCCAGAUUGCUCUGCACUCAACAUCUCACAGUGGUUUUGCUUAGAGAGGACUAGAGCUCACAACUGACCUUGUAUGACUCUUCACUAGGCCUACCCCAUCUCACUGGGUCAGACUGUAGAUGGACCGGACUUUUGGAGACAGGUCCUGCUAUUACUUAGGAAUAUGUGGGAACAAUGAUGGGGACCAAGUUUGUGAAGCAAAACAACUUUGAAAAGGGAAAAUGCUCAAUAAUAAAAAUGGGGUGGAAGUGAGGCAUUAUUUGCUAAUGAGGGUUUCGGAAGGACACGUUUGUUUUUGUUUCUUGCCCUCCCAUUUUGUCGCCAAGAGCAAUACAGUUGAGUAAGUAGUAGGCCCAAACUCACCCAGCCCUUUCUAGACCUGAAUUCAGAGGAUAGGGUGAGUCUGGAGGUCUAUACAACCUGUGCUUGUUAGACCAAUUCUUCCCAAAUCAGAGUAAGCCGACCACUCUACUUCUGGGUAACCUGCUUCUUAAAAGUGCCUUUGAUCCCAGAAGUGGAUUCAGGGUCUACAGGAGCCUUUCCUCAGCAGUUAAAACCAAUUUGUCUUCUCUGCUCUUUGCUGAACCUCCUGGAGGUGGUCUCCAUGUGACAGUCAUGAGAAAGCUCGAUGCCCUCAUCACCCUGUGACCACUGCUGAUUGUUCAAAAUAAGCAUUUCCUGUCCAAGCAAAUCCCUAAACUUCCUCAUCAUUACUCAACUACCUCAGUCUCACAACUCAAGGCACACAAGCACCUGCUUGCCUCACAUCAUCCUUUACUGCCCUUGUCUUUGUGGGGCUGGAACAAAUGCAAACUCCUCAGUUCCACAACUCAAACUGCUCCUUCAGGAUCGGCUUCUCUAGUGACAUUGGCUCCUUACAAGAGCCAACUCUCCUCCGUAUCAGUCAGUCCCUGUAGAACAAGCCAGGGACGAUGCUGUGCAGUCAAAUGCCAGUCUUGGAACACAGCUUAAGACCCUAGAGUAAGGACUUGAGUGGUGGUGUUUGCAGUUUGAGAGGGGUGGAGUGGACAUAUCUGCUCCUGCCCCUGUGGGCGGGUCGGGUGAUGACUUCUAGAUGCACUCCUUACCCUGGAGAGAACUUAAUUUAUACUUAAGAUGCAUUUUGUACAUUUCCUCUUUACCCAGAAACCUGUAGUUUCGUACUCUCCCAUGUCUACGCCAACACUACCUCUCGCUCUCUCUGUGGCUGACUUCUGGUUCCAUUUCCUUCUGACUUGGAAGAGCUUUACUUUUGCUAACGUGAACCUUUCUUUUUUAAAUAAAAUACAAAAGUCUCCUGUCUAGUGUCGUCCAUGGUGUAGAGGGGGAGCUGGUGCCUUGCCCGUUCCCGCCCUGCCCCUACAGCGGACAGAGCGAGCACUCACCCAGAGCACAGGUCGACCCAUCACACUCAUUCUCUUGGGGACGGCAACCUAUGCUUCAGAAGAGAAACACACAAUCUUGAG